AUGAAUCUUGAAGAUAUUGUUAAGUCUCUUGCUACUAACACUUUACAGUUCCAACAAGAAACACAACAAUUCCAACAAGAGACAAGGUCAAGUAUUCAAGAAACAAGGGCUAGUAUUCAGAACUUGGAAAGACAUGUGGGUCAAUUGGCAACUACAGUCAACAGGUUGGAGGCACAAAGUUCUAGAAACUUACCCUCUCAAACGGUUGUUAAUCCUAAAGAGAAUGUAAGUGCAAUUAGUGUGAGAACUGUGUCAGUGGAAAAGAAUGUUGAUUUAGACAAGGAAACAAGUGUAGGAAACAUUGCCAACAAUAAACAGAAAUCUCAAGGUAAGUUUUCUUCUUUUUCUGAUUAUAAACCAGUACCCCCAUUUCCUCAAGCUCUUUUAGAAACAAAGAAAACAAAGUCAAAUAAUGAUUUAUAUGAGACAUUUCGUGAAUGUGAGGGUAAUAAUUCAUUGUUAGAUUCUAUUAAAAAAGUACCUCGUUAUGCAAAGUUUCUGAAAGAGUUAUGCACUAUAAAAAAGAAACAAAUUGAAGGAAAAGUUGAGGAGGUGAAAGUGCAAGAGAAUGUCUUUGUGGCUAGUCAAAAUAAUCUUCCGGAAAAGUGUAAAGACCCAUGUAUGUUUACUAUUCCAUGCAUGAUAAGUGGUGUGAAACUUGAAAAAGUCAUGUUAGAUUUAGGAGCUUCUAUCAAUGUCAUGCCAUAUUCUGUUUAUACUUCUUUAAAUCUUGGACCCCUGAAGAAAACUUGUGUAGUAAUUCAAUUGGCUGAUGGAUCUACUACAUAUCCUAGGGGUGUGAUUGAGGAUUUGCUUGUUGAAGUUAAUAAUUUGAUUUUUUCCAGCUGA